AUGAUACUGGAGUUGGAAGUGGGCAUCAAAGUGCGCAAGGGCAGUGGAGAAUGGGAAGCGAUGACGGCAGCCGAUGGUGUUGCGCCCGUCAACAAUUUCUUGCAUUCUCUGUUUUCCUCGUGUCACGUGACGGUGGCUAAUCGGCUCAUCUCGGAUGCGGCGACAUUUUAUCCAUACCGUGCUUAUCUGGAAUCAUUGCUAUCUUAUGCGACCGAUGCGCAGAAUAGUCAACUGACAUCGGCAGCUUUCUACCACGAUACCGCACUGCGCUUCAACGAUGAAACGCUUAGCAAGGGCGAAAAAAACCGCAAAGCUUUGUUUGAUGGUGGAAAUUAUGUGCAACUUUCGGGCAAGCUCUUUGCGGAUCUGUGUGACCAGAGCAAACCGUUGUGCACGGGUGUGCCAGUCAAUAUCCGAUUAGUAGUCAGCCAACCGGAAUUUUCUUUGCGCGUUUGGGAUCAGGAUGCUACAAAGUCCUUCAAACCAUUCAUCCGCAACGCGCGACUAUCAAUUCGACGAUAUAUACCAUCCCCUGAUUUUCUAACGGCUGUGACGGGAGAAUUGUUGAAAAAAACCGUAAAGUACCACAUUGAACGUGUGAUAAUGCGUGUGUCCGAUAUUGCUCAAAAAACACAGAGCACAGUGGUCAGUAAUCUGCAAAUUGGACAAAUUCCCAAAGUGGUCUUCAUUGGAUUUGUGGACAGUGAAGAUUUUCAUGGAUCAAGUAAACGCAGUCCGUUCAACUUUCAACAUUUUAACUUGACGCAAAUCAGUGUGGAAGUGGACGGGCAAAGUUUUCCCAACAAACCGUACAUGGCUGAUUUUGAACGGAGCCUAUCUUUGGAAUGCUAUGAUGGACUACUAGAUACGUUGGGCAAUCGACCGAGUCUACAAGGAAGUCUCCCGUUCACGCGCACGCAGUACAACCAAGGAUAUACGCUAUAUGGGUUUGACCUCACGCCCGGACAUACUGGACGCGGACCGUUAACUCUGAUCAAACAGGGCAAUUUAAGCGUGUCCGUUUCCUUUGGAAAACCAUUGGAAAAAACCAUCAUGAUGGUGUGCAUGCUGGUGUACGACAGCGUUAUUGAGAUCAACCAACACCGUCAGCUGAUUGCGGACUUUUCAACAUGA